AUGAAGGGUCUCUACUCUGCUGUAUUGGCUUCGGCCAUCGUGGGCGCUUUUGCUGCCCCCAGCCCUGUCGAGCAGGGUCCCGUUACUGCACGUGCUGCUAUGGCUGCUUGUGCUACGCCCGUCACCCUCAGCGGCAACCCCUUCGCGUCUCGCUCCAUCUAUGCCAACAAAGAGUACUCCAAGGAGGUCAUUGCUGCCGCUGCCUCUAUGACCGACAGCGCUAUGGCUGCCCAAGCCUCCAAGGUCGCUCAGGUCGGAACUUUCCUGUGGAUCGACACUCGUGCCCGCAUCUCAGUCAUCGAGGACAACCUCAAAGACGUUCCUUGCGACCAGCUCGCCGCUUUCGUCAUCUACGACCUUCCCGGCCGUGAUUGCGCAGCCAAGGCCUCCAACGGUGAACUCGCUGCGGGAGACCUUACCACCUACAAGAGCGAGUACAUUGACCCUAUCGUUACCAUCUUCAAGAAGUACCCUAACACCGCCAUCGCCCUUGUCAUCGAGCCCGAUUCGCUCCCCAACCUCGUCACCAAUUCCGACAAGCAGGCUUGCAAAGAUUCUGCCUCUGGCUAUCGUGAUGGUGUCGCCUAUGCUCUCAAACAGCUCAACUUGCCCAACAUCGCCAUGUACAUCGAUGCAGGCCAUGGCGGUUGGCUCGGCUGGAACGACAACCUCAAGCCCGGAGCCAAGGAGCUUGCCGCCGCCUACAAGGCUGCCGGCUCUCCCAAGCAAGUCCGCGGGAUCAGCACCAACGUCGCCGGCUGGAACGCCUGGGACCUCUCUCCUGGAGAGUUCUCCAAGGCCACCGACGCGCAAUGGAACAAGUGUCAGAAUGAGAAGAUCUACGUCGAGACCUUCGGCCCGCUUCUCAAGGACGCCGGCAUGCCCGGACAGGCCAUCAUCGACACGGGCCGCAACGCCGUCACCGGCCUCCGCAAGGAGUGGGGUGACUGGUGCAACGUCAACGGUGCCGGCUUCGGUGUGCGCCCGACUAGCACCACGGGCUCGACCUACGCUGAUGCGUUCGUAUGGGUCAAGCCGGGUGGUGAGUCUGAUGGUACGUCGGAUACGUCUGCGACCCGCUAUGACUCCUACUGUGGCAAGGACGAUGCGUUCAAACCCGCACCUGAGGCUGGUCAAUGGAACCAGGCCUACUUUGAGGCCCUCAUCAAGAACGCUAAGCCUGCUUUCUAA